GACGUCAGCCGGGAGGCUGGCUCUGUGCUCGGCGUCUUCCGAGCCCAAGGCUUGUGUGAGAAUCUGGCGGUGGAUGCUGGGCUGCUUUCUCUGCCGCCGCCGCCGCCGCUUCCUCCCGGGCUCGCCGGAGCAUGGAGUAUUAAAGCCACGCGUCUUCUGCAGUGCGAGAUAAUUUCCUGACACCAACAUGGGAAAACAGAAUAGCAAGCUACGCCCUGAAGUCAUGCAAGAUUUGCUAGAAAGCACGGACUUUACAGAACACGAGAUCCAGGAAUGGUACAAAGGUUUCCUGAGAGACUGUCCAAGUGGACAUUUGUCCAUGGAGGAGUUUAAAAAAAUCUAUGGGAACUUUUUUCCAUAUGGGGACGCUUCUAAAUUUGCUGAACACGUGUUCCGUACUUUUGACGCUAAUGGUGAUGGAACGAUAGACUUCAGAGAAUUUAUCAUAGCCUUGAGUGUAACUUCCCGAGGAAAACUGGAGCAAAAGCUGAAGUGGGCAUUCAGCAUGUAUGACCUGGAUGGAAAUGGAUACAUCAGCAAGGCAGAAAUGUUGGAAAUAGUCCAGGCAAUCUACAAGAUGGUUUCUUCAGUUAUGAAGAUGCCAGAAGAUGAAUCAACACCAGAGAAAAGAACAGAGAAAAUCUUCCGUCAGAUGGAUACUAAUCGAGACGGAAAACUUUCUCUGGAAGAGUUUAUCCGGGGAGCCAAGAGUGAUCCAUCCAUCGUCCGUCUCCUUCAGUGUGAUCCCAGCAGUGCUGGGCAAUUCUAAAGCAGCUGCUUGG